AAGCAGACCUUAAGAUGAUGGGAAGCAGCUUUCUGAGUGCAGACAGAGCUCGCAGUCCUCCGGUGAAAGUGUUGUCCAGCCAGCUGCGUGAAGGGACAGAGCGCCAGACAGCAGGCGGAAGGUCCGAGUAUGUUAUCAGACGACUGGGCCCCGGUGAGCAGCGCUCGUUACCGGUGUCCGUGGUAUGGAUGCAGGGGACUGUGCUGGAAGUGCAGUCCGAUCUCAACACCGUGCUCAUUCUGGACGAGACCGGGAACUUUGUCGUCAGCGGCAUUAACAGCGUGCCGAAAGGAAAACCCUGCCUGAGUGCCGGUAAAUAUGUCAUGGUUAUGGGUGUCAUCCAGUCACACAGUCCAGAGCCGGUGCUGCGUGCUGUGAAGAUGGCAGAUCUUUCUGAGAAUGCUUUGAUUCACAGGAAAAACUGGAUCUACGAAGUAGAAGAUCUCCAGCAGAUUUUGCCUUAAAUCUUUUAUUUGUUUGUGUCUUGAGACUGAUCUGGUUAUUUUUGUUUUGGUGCAGCAUUUAUAAUAUUUGCCAAGCAAACAGAGGGAACAAACAGAAGUUGCAUUACAUGCACACGAUAUGACUUUUAAGUGUAAAGGCAUAUACAUAUUCAUUUAUAUAAUAAUU